CAAGCGACAUUUUGAUUUCCAGAAUUCCAAAGCAUCUUCUUCAGCAAAAAGUUUAUCACCUCCAUCAGACUAUUCAUCCGCGAUUAUCUUAAUCAUCUCAGUCAUUCCUCACGCGUCAAUAACUACCCUGCCAAUACGUCUUACCACUAUCAUUGAACCUUUUUUGAAGCUGUGUCGCGACAAUGGCGGAUGAGGCAAGCACGCGAGAUGAGGUGGUGCCUCCUCAGUCUGCGGACACUUCAGCUCCCGACGAUGCUGUUGUAGAGCCCCAAGUCGAGGUAUCGGAAGGCGCCAACAGUAGCAAUGGUGUUCAGAAUGGAGCCGUCUCCGAGGAUCCAGUCGCGACUUCCGGCACAAGCGCGACAGAACAAAGUAUGAAUGCUUUUCUAUUGUCUCAAUUCACGUCACUUUACAAUUACUAAUUUCACCUCCUGCUCAUUUAGUUGAAGAUAGCAAGGCCGAAGCUAAAGCCGAGAAAAUGGACGAAAAAACAAUCCCCGAUCGCUCGGUUCAAGAGGAGCGACCCGCGUCCAGUGCUCCCGAGGGCGAGGGCGAGGGCAAGGACGCAGAAUUGAAGGACGAUGAACAAUCAGAGGGUGCAGCUCCGGCAGCAGAUGAGUCUGCGGAGUUAGCAGAUGCUGCCACUGGCACCCCUGCUUCGGCCAGCAAAUCGAAGGGUCGACGCAAGUCUGGCGUGCCGGAGCACAAGAAGAAGUUAAACAAGAAGCAAUCCAAGGCGAAGCUGACACACACGGAUGCGAAACCCGGCGACUACUUCUAUGUGCGAUUGAAGGGCUAUCCCUUGUGGCCUGCAAUUGUUUGUGAUGAAGCUAUGCUUCCCAGCACCCUCAUCAAAAGUCGCCCAGUUACAGCAAUGAGAGCAGAUGGCACAUAUAGGAGUGAUUAUGAAGACGGCGGACCCAAGGCUAAAGAUAGAACAUUCCCGGUUAUGUAUCUAUUUACAAACGAGUUGUGAGUAGCACUCAUCCGAACCCUUGAAUGAAUUUUUGCUGACCGAUUUAGUGGCUGGAUACCUAAUUACGACCUUCUUGACCUCGACCUAGAUACAGUUGGGGAUGUCCCAAAUAAUAUGCGCAAAGAUUUGUAUGCUGCGCAUCAACUUGCUGCUGAAAAAAACGAUUUGGAUUAUUUUAAGACAGUCUUGACAGAGUUCAUGGAGCAGAAGAGGGCUGACGAGGAAGCCAAAGAGGCUGCGAAGGCAGCCAAGAAAGCCAAGAAAGAGAAGAAAGAGAAGACGCCAAAGGUUGUCCCAACCUUGGACGACAAUGAAGACACAGAGAUGAUGGAUGUCAGUGCUAUCCCUGAUGACGAUGAGGCCGAAGCACCAAAAUCGAAUCAGAAGAAGCGCAAGAACCCUCCACAGAAUCCUGAUGAAGAAACUGUAUGUUACCAUUCUCUCGCGAAUUUGUUGAUGGAGACUAACAUAAAAUCGCAGCAACAGCCAGACUCCGCCCUAAAGAAGCCUCGCAUUAAAUUGAACAACACUCCAAAGGCUGCGAACGGGACGUCUACUCCAAAAGCGCCUAAAGAGCCAAAGGAGCCUAAGUCUGCAAAGGAGAAGAGUAAGCCAAAGAAGGCUGCUUCUAAGGUUAAAGAAGCCGCCCCUGCUGUUCCGCCAGAACCGGAACUCACCCCUGAGGAGAAGAGGGUCAAGAAAGAGGUACGUUGACGUCCUUUGAUACGUCUGGUGAUUUCAUCUAACAGCUUCUAUAGAAAGAAAUCUUGUUCUUGAGACAUAAGCUUCAAAAGGGUCUCCUUACCAAAGAUCAGGAGCCAAGACCAGAUGAGAUGCAACAGAUGUCUGAGUACGUGAAUAAACUUGAAGGCUAUGCCGAUCUCGAGGUCAGCAUCAUCAGAGUGACCAAAAUCAACAAAGUUCUCAAAGCCAUUUUGAAGCUACCUGCCAUUCCCAAAGAAGACGAAUUUCAAUUCAAAUCGAGGUCUCAGUCCUUGCUUGAUAAAUGGAACAGGCUUCUCGCCAGCGAGCAGGUUGCUCCAGCAACCGCUGAAGGAGCCAUUGACGGCUCCAGGGACGAGAGCAAGGAGAAAGACGAGCAAAAAGCCGACAGCGUGGCAGCAAACGGCAUAUCCGAACACGAUGAGACGAAGGCAGAGGAGAAAUCCCCGGUCAUUGAGACACCACUUACCGCGCUACCAAAAGAAGACGAGGCCAGUAAUGACGAGCCAGUUGCAGCAGAAGACUCCCCUAAGGUAAUACUCUCACAAACCGAGAUGACACAACAAAAGUUAACAGAAUUCUAGGAAGCGGAGGCAACAGCCGUUGAAUCAGAAGCAUAAAUCAUUUCCCUCAGUGGAAGGAAAAAUGCAUACACCAGCCUAGGUCGAAUAGCUUACGACCGGCGUUCUCGAUCAACAUUCAAAAUCGAUUAAUGGACAGAUAUGGUCCCUUUUCGGUCUUCAGUCGCCAUCUUUUCAGGUAUCGUCGUCCAGGCUUAGGGUCGAUAGUUUCGCAUUUGCUUUUGCGGGUUCCCCUUGUAACACUAAGAGCUACUGGAUUAUUAUUUCCCUUACUCCUGGCUUCCAGAAUGCCACAAACCACACCUUGUACAAAUUUCCUUUUCUGAAAAGCACGUUACGGAGGAUGCGUGAGGAGUUUGACUACGGAUUUUCAAGUUGGCCCGGAUGAACGCUCGCUUUUUCGUCUGACAUUAAGGUUUUCUUCAAUUUUCGUUAGGCAAUUGGGCAAUACCACACACAGAAGACAUGAAAAUAUUAAUGGAAAUCCCCAAUAAU